AUGGCGUACCCUGCAGAGCUGUAUGACAGCGAUUUAAAUAUAGCACACCCCGUGUUCUCGUUGUUGCCAGGCCUCUUUUUCCGCCGCCACCUGGCACUACUCUUUACUGUCAUCCUGCUCCAGCUGGCCAUCUCCGUCAUCAUAAAAAAUGGCCUUUUCCGAAGUUCCAACAUUGACACCCGAAUCGCGCUUCUCGCAAGGGAGAGACCAAUGGCGAAAACGAAUCCAACUUCGCUCGAUGGUCGGAGUCAAAAGCUGUCGAAGCCGGCAUGGAAGCCCAAAGAGCAGCCUGGGCCAAGUCUGAGGCCAGCCUCUCCCCCAAAGCACAAUCCAUGGCGCCAACGCCAGGCGUCAAUUGUGUCCGACCAGGAAAAGCCUGCGAAGCCUCUAGAACUAAAGGCUGAGGAGUUUCCAGUGCUAAAUACUCCCGAGAAGGAGGACAAGGAGGAGGAAGAGGAGAAGGAGAACAAGGGGGACCAGCAAGAAAAGCAGGAAAAGCAGGAACAGACUGCCGACACCACUUGUAGCGAACAGCCGAAUCCGCCUGAGCCUUGCGACGCAUCAUCCAAAGCAAGUUCCACCACCAAUGAGACACAGUCUGAGGACGCCAGGUCACCUCUAUCUCGGCUAAGCACACCGACGAGGUUAAUCCUGGAAGAAGCCGCAGAUCAAGCAGCCCAGAUCCUUUGGAGGCAUCCAAUCGGGUCAAACGUCUAUGUGUAUGCGGAGAGAAGCAUAUUCCAGCUACAUCGAGAUAUUCUCACACGGCAUUCGGGAUGGUUUCGCGAAAAACUCCCCCCACCAAACGAGGAUGGGUCCCCAGUCGAGAUGCAUUUGCCUCAUGCCGUCGGAGCAGUGCAGCCCUGCCUUUACUUCAUAUACACCAAGAAUAUCGACAUCUGCGAGAGAGACCCAGUACAGCCGCUUAACUUUCUACAUGUUCCGAGAUGUGUUCUGGCCUACUGCGCCGCCGUAAACUUUCAGAUCCCUAGCAUGGCAGUGCGCAUUUUGGCCAUCCUUGAAGCAACGGCAAGGCAUCUUACGAGCUAUCUAAGUGUCCACUACAUCUACAACGAUAUGGAUUUCAAAACCAGCAAAUCUGUCAUGGUUUACUUUGUCAACUCGGUCGAUAUUCUGUAUUCGGAGCCAUUAUUCGAGCUCAUGAAGCCCAUCCGACAUGCUCUUGCUGGUAUCCUGGAUGCGUUACUGCCUUAUAUGCUCCGACAGCCGUCAUUUCCCGAGAUAAUGAAUCUGCCUUCGUGGAAAAGAUGGUCAGCUGCCAUUGCGGCCGACCAGAUCGAGUAUCGGACGGCAUUUGGCCGUUUUCGAUCGCCAGAGGAAUCUAUUUUGCCGAGCGAGGCUGAGCUAGAGGCUCUAUUCGACCGCGUACUGGGGCAGUAUCACCGAGAUCAGGAAGACAGAGAGAGCAUGGGGAGUUCCUGUGAUGGAGAUUUUAAUAAAGGAGAGUCUGGAGAUGUCGAAGACGAUGCGCCAAGUUUAAGAAAUCAAAGUCCAAAGAAGAAGAAGAACAAGGCCAAAAUACCAGAAUUUAUUCAGGAAGAACCAGCGUUGGAGUGCCAGUCGCCAAGUAUUGCCGGCAGCACAGACAGCGAGACAAGCACAUGGAACUCACUCGGGACCGACGACUUCAAGGCAAGACGAAGAGGCAAUUCAGCUAGCAGCUCUCUUGCUACUCAUGACUUUGCAUACGCCAAGAGCAAUUCUAGCGCUGGAGAAAGGUCAUAUAGGAGGAAUAAGGAGCGGAGGCCUCGCAGCUAG